AUGUCUUAUCCUCCACCAGGUUCCGGACAACCACAAGGAGGGUAUUAUCCUCCUCCUCCAGAGAACGGUCACUCAUUUCCACCUCCGCCUUCACAACCGCCAAACAACUACUUCCCUCCUCCUCCAUCGGGCCCCUCCCCGGCUCCCAACCCCGACUAUCCUCCACCUCCCCCAUUUGCGUCCAAUGUCGCGCAGACCCCAUCUCCUCCGCCCCUUCAGCAGCCGACUGCUCAAAGACCGUACAACUACGGCUCUGUGCCGGCCUCUGCGCCAGCCCAUAGGACAACAUUUGAUCAUGCGAGCCUACAUGAUCGGCAGCCUUCGUAUAGCGGUUCCUCUCCGUUUCAAUACGGGGGCCCACCGCAGUCGGAGAAACCAGCUUCAAACCCAAGGAUGCAGAAGCUGACCCAAGAGUUUGGCAGCCUGCUGAAAAGCCCCAGUGGACCGAGGCUGCCGGGGGUGCCUGAAGGAGGCCAAUUUGUCGGCGUCCAAUCCACGGCAGGAGACGACGUUGGAACAUUCAAUGGAGGCUCAUACCGGAUCUCGCAUCGUGAUACUAACUCCAUCAUCACCAUUCAGUUGGCGAUGGGGUGUCCUCUCACGGCCAAACCCGGUGCCAUGAUUGCCAUGUCUCCGUCUAUUACCUUGAAAGGCGCUGUCAAAUUCAGUAUGAAGAAGUUAUUAAUUGGAGGCGAGAUGACCCACUCCACAUUCACUGGUCCUGGAGAGCUGUUGCUCGCCCCUAGCACCCUGGGUGAUAUUUCGAUUCUUCGAUUGGGAGGCAAUGAAGCUUGGACCGUAGGACGGGAUGCUUUUCUAGCUUGUACACAAGGUGUGAUCAAGGAUUACAAGAGCCAAGGAAUCGGCAAGGCCAUGUUUUCCGGCGAGGGUCUGUUCGUCUACAAGAUCUCCGGAACAGGCCUUCUGUGGAUAUCUACAUUCGGUGCAAUACUGAAGAAAGAUCUGGUCGAGGGCGAGAAGUACAUUGUGGAUAAUGGACACCUCGUGGCAUGGAACUGCAAAUAUGUCCUCGAACGCGUCGCCAGCGGCGGCAUCAUCUCCGGGGUCGCCAGCGGAGAGGGCCUGGUGUGUAAAUUCUCCGGGCCUGGAACGGUGUAUAUGCAAACUAGAAACGCCCAUGCCUUUUCUGCCUUCAUCAGCGGACAGGCCGCUCAGGUGAUCUAA